GUGACGCCAUGCGGAUAGACGCACUCUCUAUGCUCCCGGAAGGUAGAGUGGCCCGUCGUUGCCAUGGCUUGUUGGUCUGGAGCGGGCAGGAGGCAUUCCACUUAGGCACCCGCUAACUUCGGCGACAACUUGGACGAGGAAAGCGAAAGGAAUCCCGCGCGCUUGUGAGUAAAAGGUCAUCAUCAUCCCCGUUUUGCAGAGGGCUUAAGCUAAGAGAAGCGAAGUGCCUUGAGCGAGAUCUCUCAUAGGAAGCGGCCGAGUAACCCCGUAACCCAGGUCCAGCCCAGACUCGAGCCUACAGUGAGCAGCCAUCCAGUGCGGCAGAAUGGCCGUGAGCCACUCGGUGAAAGAGCGGACCAUCUCCGAGAACAGCCUGAUCAUCCUGCUGCAGGGCCUCCAGGGCCAGGUAACCACUGUGGACCUGCGGGACGAGAGUGUGGCCCAUGGAUGCAUAGACAAUGUCGAUGCUUUCAUGAACAUCCGCCUGGCCAAGGUCACCUACACAGACCGUUGGGGGCAUCAGGUCAAGCUGGAUGACCUCUUUGUGACAGGCCGUAAUGUCCGCUAUGUCCACAUCCCAGAUGAUGUGAACAUCACCGCCACCAUCGAGCAACAGCUGCAGAUCAUCCAUCGGGUGCGCAACUUUGGGGGCAAGGGCAAGGGUCAGGGCCGGCAUGAAUUUCCCUCCAAACGCUGUAAGUGAGACUGUCUCCUGAGCAAGGCCCAGUUGCCACUCUGGUUCUGCUGAGUUCUACUGAGCCAACUCCCUGCCCAGAUCAUAGGAAGGGAGCAGGGCCAGCCCAGAGACUGGAAUCUGCCAGACACCUCCUGUCACAGCUGCCUUUCACAGUGUUCCACCUCCCAGACUCACCCUGGGACCCAGAAUCCUAUUUGUCUGUCUGUGGCCUUGGGGUAGGGACAGUCUCCUCUUCUGAUCAUUUGCAUCUGAAUCCCUGAUUUAUUGAUUUAGAGAAUCGGCCAAAUAGUUUUUAAACCUCUCCCAGUGAAGAUGAUUAUAUGUGCUUGGCCUGAGCCACCCAUAAGUGCCCCCUUUUCUCUUGGAAUUGUGUUCAUUUUCUCAUAAAACUAAAUUUAGAUACAAACAAGUCCCUGUCUCAUGCUUUCCUGGCUAUGUGCUAGGCUCUGUCUUUCCUGUGUAUUGGGACACUGUUUCGCAAGCUUGACUGCACAUUGGAAUCACUUGGGAAGUUUAAAAAAAAUACUGAGACUUGAGUCCUAUCCUCAGAGAUUCUGAUUUAAUU